AUGCAACAAUCGAUCCAAUAUAUUUCAAAUAUAACGAAACGUCAUUCCUUAAUUUCGUCUGAUAUGGAUUAUAAUCAUUUACCAUGUAAUUUAUUAGUAAAUAAAUCUUUUUCAUCAGAAAUGAAUGAAUUGUUAUCAAAUCGAACUUUAACAUCAUUAUUAAAUAUUGUUAACAUUAAAAAUUGUCUAUUGAAUAUAAGCAAAUUAUAUGAUGAUGAUGAUGAUGAAUUUCUAUUAAAUGAUAUUAACUAUUCAAAAUCAUUAAUUAUUUUUAUUAUUCUUAUUUCAAUUGUUUCUUGUAUAUCAAUUAUCGGAAAUUUGAUUUUAGCAAAGAUUUUAUAUUCAAAACGUCAUCGUCUAUCUCAAACCGAUCGUAUUGUUCUAUGUUUAGCUAUUAGUGAAUUGUGUCUUGUUCUCAUUGAUAGUCCAAUAGAAAUCUAUCGAUUUUUAUCCUACACGUACGGUCAAUCAUGGUUGUGUUGUUUUCACACAUUUUUGGAAUCAUUAUUGUCAUCAUGCAUCAUUUUUUACCAUCUUCUGGGUGCUAUCGACAGAUUUAUCUUUGUCUACGUUCAAACAACGACAACCCGAUCAACAUGGACGAAAUGUAAACAAUGGCUCUCAACAAAGAAAUGUUCAUUAGUUUUAUUAAUUAUACCCAUUAUUGUUAGCUUACCUGUUGCUAUUACAAACACAUUACACUCUUAUGUUCUUCGAACAUCAAAACAUAUGAUGACAUGCGUUGUCCAAUAUACUCAAUAUAAAAUUAUCAUCAUUAUCCUAGUAUCAUUCUACAUUUUACCAAUUAUAUUAAGUUUAUUUUUACAUGUAAAAUUAAUCCAUUACAUUCGUUCUCGACAUGAACAACAAUAUAUAACCACGUAUCUUCUACCACCAACAAACAGUAUUCGUCAAAAUUAUCUGGCAAUAAAUUCCAAAACAAAUUAUCAUCGAAUAGCAGCAAAUUCUGCAACAUUUAUAAAUCCCAAUUCAAAACGUAGACGUCGUAUGUGCAAUAUAACAACAGUAGAAACUCAUCAAACAAAUAUCAAUACUGCUAUUAUCACAUCACCAACGAGUCCAACAACACAAUCAUCAGCAUCAUCUGGUUCCUCUUCAACGACAAAUGCCUCUUCUACAAUCUAUCCACCAUGUCCAAUUGUCAUUUAUAAAAUGAAUGCUCAGGCAUGUGCCAAUGCAAGAAAAACAGUCCUCUUGUUAGUAUCAUUACUAACAUUUUAUGUCUUCUGUUGGGCUCCUUAUAAUAUCUACACAUGGAUUCAUGCCUAUCAGGUAAUUGAAACAGAGAAAAAGACGAGUUAUUCAAUUAAUAAUCUAACAAAUUCUUCUGAUGUAUUUGUUUUUAACAAUCCUUCAUCUAUUAUUGAUUCGCCAAAAUCAACAUCAUUUCAUUCCGAUUUAAAACGUAUUAUUCUAAUUAAUUAUUCACUCUAUUUUCUAUCGGUGGUAUCUAUGUGUUUUAGUUUUAUUUUCUAUUUUACAUUAAAUAAACAAGCACGAUUAGAAUUCAAACGUUUAUUUAGUUUUAUCAUCCAUUGUGGAAGACGAAGAACAAAACAACAAAAGCAUGCGUCAACAGGAAAAUAUAAUUAUGCAUCAAAUCGACGCAAUUAUAAUCAUAAUAACCUAUCAAAAAAAAAAAUAGGUUACUCCUAUUGA